UCUGGGUGAAUAAAAGAGAGACAGAGAGAUAGGGAUGUAUAGUUGAAAGGAUCGUAACAUGAAGGGAGGAAUAAUCGUAGCGUUUCUCUUCGGGGUGUGCCUGGCGGUGGCUGAGGUGACGGACAGGGAUGUGGUGAAGGCCGUGCUGGAGGUUGACACUUCCUGACGAGUGAUGAGCAAAUUCCAAGAAGUGAAGGCGUUUAUCCUUCAUGACCUGGAAUUCUUCCACAACGUCGACUAUGAGGACGUUACCGGGUCAAUGCCUGUAAUGGUGUUCUACAAUAAGGCUAAUGAGGCUGUGGAGCGUGUUGAUCUGCAGACAGCCACUCGGUUGGAGAUAAAUGACCUGCUGGUCAAGAAAGGGUUUUACAAGAAGUCCAGCCAUGAUGAGGAAGUGCCUGAGGAGUAUAAAGAAGGUCCCUAUGUUGAGAAGGAUGAGCUGUAAGUGGUUUAGCUACAAGAUCCACUGAGAUUCUAUAGUCAUAAGUACAAAGGCUAUUGAAAAUUAUAUAUAAAAAGUUUAGAUACAGAAUAACAUAUUGAGAUUCUGCACUUUCAUUUAAGUAGAGAGGAUAUUGAGAAUGAUAUGUAUAAGGUUUCAGCACAGGAUAACACUUAGGGAUCCUGCAUUUUCCUUUUAAGUACAGAAGACACUGAGAAUAUGUAAAAGGUUUAGAUACAGAAUAACACUUAGAGAUUCCGCAUUUUCCUUUUAAGUACAGAGGAUAUUGAGAAUGAUAUGUAAAAGGUUUAGGUACCAAAUAGCACAAACCAAUUCUGUAUUUUUCCCUUUUAUGUAAGAAAGACACUGGCCAAUGACAAAUAUAUAUGAAAAAAGACACACUGAUUGACCUAAAAUUAGAGAAAUGGAUGGUUCUUAUGUUCAAACUAGAAUCUCAGUGCUAAAU